ACGUUGUUACGAACUAUCAGGCAAAUUCACCUGGAAUUAUACAGAAUAUCCAAAAAUCUUAGUAAUAUGUAUGGAAUACAAAUAUCUUUACAAAUUGCGAUAUGUAUUUUUCUAAAUACGUAUAUGUUAUAUUACUUUUAUGUGGAGUACAAAAAAGUAACGUAUAAUAUUCACAAAGUGAGUUUUCAAUUCGUUUUAACGAUUUGGUGUUGUUUGCAAUAUGGGAUGAAGAUUUUUAUUCUUAAUUACGUGUGUGACAAAACUACGAAAGAGGCUGAACAUACUAAUGAAAUUAUUCACACAUUUUAUGGUAACAGUACGGACAUCGAGAUACAAAAAGAGGUAGAAAUAUUUUCUUUACAAAUGAUGCAAUGUCGUAAUGUAUAUUCCGCAUUUGGUUUAUAUAAUCUUAAUUGCAAACACAUUUGUUCGUGUAUCGGAAUUAUAACGACAUACAUAGUUAUCCUCAUACAAGUAACCGAUGAAAUAAAAGAAGGAUCAUAAAUCACUAUAACGAUCUAUUGUUCUGUCAAAUUUAC